AUGUUACAAAAUCGCAAAGAACGAGUUGAAGAAUCAGACUCUGAGGAGUAUGAAAGCGAAGAAGUUGAACAACAAGAGGAGGAAGACGAGGAGACUGUAAAAAAACGUGAUCCCUCUUUCCGAAGACAACUACGAGCCAAUUAUAUCGAUUUGAUUUCUCGAACAAGUGAAAAGGCCGAAGAAAUUUGCGAGCCAGGAUCACAUGAACUUUUACACAUCCUCGGAAAAGGAGACAAGUACCAGGAAGACAUUUACCACGCACGUGAAGGUGCUCUAGACGCUGCUUGGUUUGCUCAGAGCACGAAGUGUGGUUUAGAACAAGCAACAAGAUUAAACUUUGGAAAAGAAUGGGAUCCUAUUGAAUUAAUCACAAAACUAAGUUCAAAAUAUCCAUCAUCAAACCAAUCAAAUGUUAUUACAUCAGCCGAAUUGGAAUUUAUUCCUAUUGAAUUGGAUUGGAACAAGAUUGGAGAGUCUGUUUCAGGUUUAUUCCGAAGAACACCCACCAUCACAUUCAUGAACGGCCCUAUUAAAGUUGAAAGAAAAGAAAAGAAGAGGAAAGAACGUCCAAAGAAAUCAAAAGAUGAUAUUGUAGAAGAAAAAGAAGCAGAAGAAAUGACCGAUGUAACAAAACAAGAUGCAACCACAAAAGAAGUUCAAAAUUUGUACAAAAAACUCAAAAGCCAGACAAAGAAGAGAAAGAAAGAACAUACUGAUGAACAUUUGUCUGUGUUAGAAGUUCUUGUAGAUCCAAACUCAUUCACAAAAACGAUCGAAAACUUUUUCUACUUCUCAUUUCUGGUGAAAGAAGGAAAAGCCAGUUUUGAGUUGCAUCAAAAUGAGCUACAGACAUGUAUUCUACGUGACGACGAAACCAAUGACAGCACUCGAAAUCAGAGUGUCCUAAGUCUCAACCUCAACAUGUACAAUCAAUUAGUGCAGCAAAGAGCAAAAGCAUUGCAGCAACAAUCCAAUGGUGCAUCUUCGAGUCCGCAUGCAGGCAAUGACAGAACAGCACAAGAAGAUGGAGAAGAAGAGUAG